AUGCGUUUCUCUACCUCCCUCGUGGCGGGCGCUCUCGCCAGCCUCGCCUAUGCCCAGACCCACACCGAGUGCAACCCUAUGGAAAAGGACUGCCCGAACAACCCCGCCAUGUCCGCUGAGUUCUCUACUGACUUCAAGGCUGGUGCUGCUAGCGUCAAGGGCUGGAAACAAACUGCAGGCUCCCUCGCUUACAACAAUGAAGGCGCCCAGUUCACCAUCAACAAGAAGGGUGAUGCCCCCACCAUUCAGUCCGAGACCUACCUCUUCUUCGGCUAUGUCGAGGUCAAGUGCAAGGCCUCUGCUGGCCAGGGCAUCAUUUCGUCCAUCGUGCUUCAAUCUGAGGAUCUUGAUGAGGUGGAUUGGGAGUUUAUCGGCACGACGAAGACGAAUGUGCAGAUGAACUACUUCGGCAAGGGCAACACAACGACCUACGACCGCAUGAUCGAGGGCGCUGUCUCCAACCCGCAGCAAGAAUUCCACACAUAUGCUUUGAACUGGACUUCGGAGUCGCUCGUCUGGCUCAUCGACGGCAAGGCCGUCCGUACGCUCAAGUACGCCGAUGCUGUUGGCGGCAAGAACUUCCCGCAAACACCCAUGACCGUCCGCAUCGGCAUCUGGGCUGGUGGUGACCCAGACAACGCACAGGGUGUGAUCGAGUGGGCGGGCGGCAAGACUGAUUACUCCAAGGCCCCCUUCACUAUGACCGUUGAGUCCGUUAAAGUGACUAACUACUCCCCCGGCACGGAAUACAAGUGGACCGACAAGACCGGAUCUUUCAAAUCCAUCGAG